AUGGGCGCGGUCACUCCGUUGGGCAACACGGUGCAGGAGUUCUGGGAUGGCUUGGUGGCGGGGCGGUCGGGCAUAGCUCCCAUGACCCUCUGCGACCCGUCGGCAUAUCCGUGCCAGAUCGCCGGCGAGGUCAAGGGGUUCGACCCCGGCGGCUAUGUCAACCCCCGUGAGGCCCGGCGAAUGGCCCGCUUCAGCCAGCUGGCCCUGGCGUCGGCACAAAUGGCCGUUGAUGACUCCGGUCUGGACCUUGAGCGGGAAGACCAUGAGAGAAUAGGAGUCCUGUUGGGCACCGGCAUCGGCAGUCUGCCGACGACCCAGGAGAUAUGCCAGGAGAUGUUAUCCAAGGGUGCUAUGAAGAUAAACCCAUUCUUCAUCCCGAUGAUACUGCCCAAUAUGGCCUCCGCGAACGUUGCCAGGAUCUUUGGGGCCAAGGGCUACAACUCCACUGUCAUCACUGCAUGUGCAGCGUCGAACCAGGCCAUUGGAGAGGCCUCCGAGGCCAUCCGGCGCGGCGUGGUAGACAUUGUUCUGACGGGCGGCACCGAGGCCAGUAUAAGCGAGUUGGGGCUGUCCGGAUUCUGCAUCCUCAAAGCUCUGAGCACGCGCAACGAGGAGCCGGACAAGGCCAGUCGCCCCUUCGACGCUGGGAGGGACGGCUUUGUGCCGGCGGAGGGAUCGGCCAUUCUGAUCCUGGAGAGCCUGGAGCACGCCCUGGACAGAGGCGCCACAAUUCUGGCGGAGGUGGCGGGCUUCGGCACGUCCUGCGACGCCUUCCACGCGGUCCAGCCGGACGAGACCGGGGAAGGAGCUGCCAGGGCUAUCCGGUGGGCUCUGGCCGACGCUGAAACGCCUCCCGAAACAAUCGACUACAUCAACGCCCACGGCACGUCCACGCAACUCAACGACGCCAUCGAGACAAUGGCCAUAAAAACUGUGUUCGGAGAGAGGGCCUACAAGGUGCCCAUCAGCUCCACCAAAUCGAUGGUGGGGCACGCCCUCGGCGGCGCGGGAGCGCUGGAGGCCGUGGCCUGCGUGAAGAGCAUCCUGGACGGCGUGAUACAUCCCACGGUGAACCAGGAGCGCCCGGACCCGUCCUGCGACCUGGACUACGUGCCAAACGUGGCGCGGCAGCAGAGGGUGGAUGUUGUACUGUCCAACUCCUUCGGCUUUGGCGGGCAGAACACCUGCACGGUGUUCAGGCGUUACGCGGAGUAG